AAGAGCAAUCUGCCUGUGCUAAAAGAAGGUUAAAACAGGGAGAAGACCAAUACUGAAUUUUUACAGAUUCUGCAAAAAAAUAAAAUAAAAUAAAAUAAAAUAAAAUAAAAUCCUCCGUAGCAAUUUCGCACUUUAAUUCAAUGGUUUCGUACGAUAUAAAAGAUAAAAAUACCUGAACCUCAGGCCAAAUGACCAUAAAAAUUCAUAAGAUCAAUAUUACAUAUUAUGCUGAAAAGAUCACCAAGAAAUGUCAUAGGUUUCUAGGUUGCCUUUGUCUUGUUUCUCCCUCCAAAGCUCACAAUUUCAGUCCAUCUAACUCAAUUGAAAAAUUUCAUGUCAUGGGUGAUCGGUAAUGCUGAUUAUAGGACGAGAUAUUGGUAAACCGAGUAUAUUUCAUGACAAGAAAGGACAUUGAUUCAUCUCUGCCUUUUGUUGAAUGCCGCAUAAAUUCGACUCGAUUUACGGAAUCUCGUGAUAGCGAUUACUUAGAUGCUAUAUAUAACUCCGUUUUAGUUGGGAUCCAUUAACUAAUUUUAGUGAACGGCUAGUUGGGCGGCGCCAGAGGAACCAGCUCGGAUUUCCCGCGUAAAUUUGCAGAAAACAACCGAAAUCAUCUCUGCGCCUUUCCUUCUCUUCUCACCUCAGCUCCUUCCCUCUCUCUCUCUCUCUGUUUCUUUGUCCCACAACAAAUCUUACCCCUUCUUUCUUCCUCCCCCGUUUUUCUCUUUUCUCAUUUUGACUCCUCUCCUCUAACAAAUUUGUACCGAUCGAGAAAUUUGUAAGCUUUUUUGGUUUCGAAAGUUGGGGCUUAGCUCGAAGGUUUGAGCACCCCAAGGAUCGAAAUUUGACGCCAGCCGUGAUCAUAUCUUCCUUCGGGGUUUUCCGUUUGUUCUUUCGUUUGACCGAGGAGAUCAUUCGAGGGCCGACUGCACACCAUGGAAGAUCGGGAGAAUGAAAAAGGAAGCGAUAAGCAGCAAAAGGUGCAGUUUGAUUCGAACCUGAACCAGACCCACCUGCCAGAUCGAGAUGCUGCCUCCGCUUCCGCGUCAUCCCAUACAUCGGAUUCAUCACUCGAGUCGACCCUCACUGAUAAGGAUGAUGGAGACUUCCUCCCAACUUCCCACCAUCCCUCGCUUGAUCUUGACAGCUCCGUCUCCCCCUGCUCCGACAUCCUGAGUGAUGUUUCGGCAGCCCAGCCUGUGUCAGGGAUGCCUGCUGGCUACGACCCGAACCGCAUCCCCUCCUCGAUCUUCAACAGCCGCUCCACCACCGGGAUGGACUGGAGUGUCGCCUCAAAUGAAUCAUUGUUCAGCAUCCAUAUGGGGAAUAACAGUUUCUCUAGAGAUCAAGCGUUCUUGCUAUAUAGGUCGGGGGAGCUGAUGAAGCUCGACGAAGUGUUCACUGUCCCGUGUGCCCUCCCACCGGUGUCAGAGGGAUCGGGAGCUGAAUGGUCGAGCGUGAGCUCCCGAAUGGACAUGAGGAAGCUGGAGAAGCCUGACAAGACCGAAGGUGUGGUUUCUCUCGGUAAUCUAUCUACCCAACCCGGGCCCCAGAAUUCGCCCACAUUAGGAUCACCAUUAGCAGGAUCAGAGUUUUGCACACCAAAAGCCAGCCCAAGCGAAGCUUCGUGUAGGAACACAAAGCCUGCUGAAUCACCCAAGUUUGAGGACGACAAGGGAAGGGUUCUGCAUCUGACACCGAGCAACAGUGAGGAUGCUCGGAACUCCAUAAGCCUGUCUACUAUUUCCGACGGGAGCGGAACCAGCACCGGCUCUUUUGCAUUCCCCAUAUUCGGGGCCGGAGACUUGAAGAACGGGUCCAAGAAAUUAGAAUCACCAAAGGGGCAGCCAUCAACCGAUCAGUUGCAGGGGCAGAAACCUCAGCCUCCAACACAAGACAGAUCGAAGCAGAACAAGGGCGGCAUGGGCAACUGGUUCUCUUGCUUCUCGUGCUGCUCAUUCCGCUGUUCUCUGUCCCUAAAAUGAAGUCUGAUGCCAAAGCAGAAGCUCGGAACUGCAUCGUAGUUAGGGCCAUUAACAUACACCGAUAGCGUCAUGCGUCCCUCUCAUCUAGGAUACACAUGGUAGGUCUAGGAAUGUAAAAGCAUCGUGUAUCCCGAUUGGGACAGCUUGUAGUGCAUGUAAUAUCCAAGUCUCCAUAGAUUAUGUGACUGUUGGAUUCGAUUUCUUCCUUAUAUAUAGACAAAUUUUUCGGGUUA